CCAGUCGUCGACCCGUCAAGCGCCGCGCCCACAUCGACGCCGCGGCAAACGUUUCAAGCGAGAGUGAAACACGCGCCGCAUACCAAUCCAUCCCCGUCCAUCCCAAACAUUUCUACUGUCACCAUUCACCGCGUCUGCACGCCCGCCCUCAAUUCGCUAUUUAGAUCCAUCGCCCUCUGCGUGCUUGUCGCAUCAUUCUUACUUCUGAGAGCAUUACGAACAGCAGCAACAAUGGCCGCGGUAGUGGGCAAAUAUGCGGCCAACAAGUUUCUCCAGAAGCACAUGAAGCAGUAUGAGAACAAGGCUGUCGAGAGCGGAGCGGACCCGUACUUUGCAAUGAUUGAAGAUCCCCGGAGGCCUGGCAAACUCAAGAAGGUCAAGAAGCAGAUUCCAGACUACAUUCCCGAACGCGACGCCGAAGUCCUAGCAGCCGUUCGUCGACGAGCAUAUCGCCUGGAUUGCUGUCUCUUCAGCCUCUUCGGUAUAAGAUUCGGCUGGGAGUCCGUCAUUGGCCUCAUACCCGCCGCAGGUGAUGCAAUCGGAGCUGUACUUGCACUGCUCGUCGUCAAGAAGUGCUUGCAAGUUGAAGGUGGUCUUUCGAACGGCCUGAAAGCUCGCAUGCUGAUCAAUAUCGUCCUCGAUUUUGCAAUUGGACUCGUCCCCUUUGUCGGUGAUCUCGCAGACGCCGCAUUCAAAUGCAACACCAAGAACCUUCGCCUCCUUGAGAGACACCUCGAUGAAAAGUACAAGCCUCAAGCCCUUCGAAAGGACGAGCGAGACUUUCAGGGCAUCGAUGGAGAGAAGAGACGAUCGAAUCGGAAGUCAGGCAUUUAUAUGCCGAAUGACCCUCCGCCAGCUACAGCCUUCGAAGACAGCGAUACAGAAGAGGAGCGUGGAUGGUUCUCUGGUGGUGGCAGAAGUCAGCAAGCUCCUCGUCGUGCAGGCAGUCGGCGUGAGCAUAAGUUGGACACAAGACAGCAGCGACAGGAUACAGGCAGUGUCAGAAGAUGA